AUGUACGUGGUGGUGCUGAGCCUAGGCGCCCUGACCAUUGUAGACAAAGAUGGCAAAAAAAUCAGUAAGGAAGUGAGCAGGUUUUGUGGAGCUUUUGCAGAGGCAGAGGGUGAGAAAGCUAGUGGCAUGAACGAUUUAGAUAUUUUGCAAAAUGCUCACCAAAUCUACACUAAGCUGUACAAGAAGAAGUUUGGUUUGGAGUAUGCUUGGAGUGUGCUACGCUAUGAACAGAAAUGGGCAAACCUGGAGGCUAUGAACCCCACUCCAAAGACAACCAGCUCUAACAAAAGAAAAGCUGAUGAUGCUGCACCAUCUACAGGUUCUGUCGUUGGUGAGCACGAGAGCAGGCCUCCGGGCAUAAAGGCAACGAAAAAAGUAAGGAACUCCAAAGGUAAAGAGAAGGCUGCACCAUCUGCAGAGUUUAGUCACAUGUGGGAGAUAAAACAGAAGGAUUUGGAGGGCAUGAAAGAACUCCAAAAGAUGUCCAUUCUUGACACUCUCAUUGCCAAGAAAGAAACUCUAGACGAAGAUGAAAAAUCUCUAAAGAAGAAGCUAAUGGCUGAACUGUUUUAA